CCCCGCCCCGCUCGGAAGCGCCGCCGUGACCCCGCUGACGCGGGCGGCGGGCCCGGAAGCGGCGGGCGCGGGGCCGGACCGGGGCCACCAGCGUUGGGCGGCCGAGCGGCCCCGGGGAGCAGCCGGUACCGCGCAGAGUAUGAAAUUACUGUUGCAUAUUUUCUUAAGGUCCGGAGCAGAACCAAGUCUUAACGGGAAUUCUUUGCUAGUCACCUAUGAAGCUCCUGAUCCUGAAGUUGCACUUUUGCAAUGAAGAAAAGGAGACGGCACGCUGCAACUCUAAAUGAAAAGGUUCAUCUUGGCCAUGAGAAAGAUACUUCAGAACAGAUUCUUGUAGUGGACUGUGCACAAGAAAUUGUCUCCAAGUCUGCAGAAGUAGUUCCUGCAGAUCAGCUCGAAUCUUCCCAAGAACUUCCACCAUCACCAGAACAAAGAAAGCUCCUAAGCUCAUUGCAAUAUAACAAAAAUCUACUUAAAUACUUAAAUGAUGAUAGACAGAAACAUCCAUCAUUUUGUGAUUUACUCAUAAUUGUAGAAGGAAAAGAAUUUAGUGCUCACAAAGUUGUUGUGGCUGUUGGGAGUAGUUAUUUUCAUGCCUGUUUGAGCAAAAAUCCAAGCACCGAUGUUGUCACAUUAGAUCAUGUAACUCAUUCUGUCUUCCAACAUUUGCUUGAGUUUCUUUACACUUCUGAGUUUUUUGUGUAUAAAAAUGAAAUUCCAUUAGUGCUGGAAGCAGCAAAGUUUUUAGAUAUCAUAGAUGCAGUGAAGUUACUAAAUAAUGAAAGUGUUUCCAAUGUACAGACUGAUGUGGUAACUGAUACACCUACACCAGUAGAAACACUCAGUGAACUGACAGGUAAACUUUUAAGUAGUCAUCAGUGCACUUUUUGUGGUCGAAGUUUCUGCUACAAGAAGUCAUUAGAAAAUCAUUUGGCUAAAGCCCACCGACCCCUUUCCCUGGAACGAAAGCAUGGGUUAAAAAUGGUUGAGAAGGCCAGCUUUUCCACUAGGCGCUCCACGAGAAGCCGUAAAUGUCCAGCUAAAUUUGAUAUUAGUGACAAUGAAAGCAGUGAUGCCUCUGACAGCAAUUUGGAAAAAGUCAGUUCUGACAAGGAGACGUCUGAGAAAAGUGAAUUUGAAGACAGUGAAAGUGAGUGCAAUGCGGAUGAAGAUGGUCAGGAAGAGGAAAUGUCAGGUGAAGAUUCAGAAUCUGAAGAACAAAGUGAAAAGGAACAGAAUGAUGCUGAAGACGGUUCUGAGGCAGUUGACUCAAUGGGGAAUAUUCCUGAAGGCUUAGCUCCAGUCAUCAUUCAGAGCAGUAGCAAAAAACUACUGCAGUGUCCCAAGUGUGACAAAAAGUUUGAUCGAAUAGGCAAAUAUGAGAGCCACACACGCGUCCACACAGGUGAGAAGCCUUUUGAAUGUGAUAUUUGUCACCAGCGCUACUCAACCAAGUCCAACCUGACAGUGCACAGAAAGAAACACUCCAGUGACACUGACUUCCAUAAGAAGGAACACAAAUGUCCCUACUGCAAUAAGCUGCAUGCAAGCAAAAAGACCUUAGCGAAGCACGUGAAGAGAUUUCAUCCAGAGAAUGUACAAGAAUUUCUUUCUAUCAAGAAGACAAAGAGUGAAGGUUGGAAAUGUGAUAUUUGUAAAAAAUCUUUUACUCGAAGACCUCACUUAGAAGAGCAUAUGAUCCUUCACUCUCAGGAUAAACCCUUCAAAUGUACCUACUGUGAAGAGCAUUUUAAAUCCCGGUUUGCAAGACUGAAACAUCAAGAAAAAUUCCAUCUCGGGCCUUUUCCUUGCGAUAUUUGUGGCCGCCAAUUUAAUGACACGGGGAAUCUGAAACGCCACAUAGAAUGUACUCAUGGGGGAAAGAGAAAAUGGACGUGUUUCAUCUGUGGGAAAUCCGUGAGGGAAAGAACAACUUUGAAAGAACAUCUGAGAAUUCACAGUGGAGAGAAGCCUCAUCUUUGCAGUAUUUGUGGGCAGAGUUUUCGUCAUGGAAGCUCUUACAGACUUCAUCUAAGAGUGCAUCAUGAUGACAAGAGAUAUGAAUGUGAAGAAUGUGGGAAAACGUUUAUUCGGCAUGACCAUCUGACAAAACACAAAAAAAUACAUUCAGGUGAAAAAGCACAUCAGUGUGAGGAAUGUGGAAAAUGUUUUGGCCGUCGAGAUCACCUUACUGUUCAUUAUAAAAGCGUUCAUCUAGGAGAAAAGGUUUGGCAGAAAUAUAAAGCAACUUUUCACCAGUGUGAAGUCUGUAAGAAAGUUUUUAAAGGGAAAUCAAGUUUGGAAAUGCAUUUUAGGACACAUUCAGGUGAGAAGCCCUACAAAUGUCAGAUCUGUAACCAGUCUUUCAGAAUUAAGAAGACAUUAACCAAACACAUGGUUAUUCAUUCAGAUGCUCGACCUUUUAACUGCCAACACUGCAAUGCAACAUUUAAACGAAAAGACAAGCUGAAGUAUCAUAUUGAUCACGUUCAUGGAUCUAAGGCUGCAGAAGAGGCAUUGGCAUCUUCUCCAGAAGAAAAGCUAGUCUCCUUACCAGUGCAGUACACCUCUGAUGACAAAGUUUACCAAACUGAGGCUAAACAGUAUGUCGAACAAUCCAAAGCAUACGAAUCAGAAGCCAAAACUUUGCUGCAGAAUGUAUCCCCAGAAGUGUGUGUGCCUGUGACUCUGGUCCCUGUUCCCAUGCCAGACCCCCAGGCAGAGCUGGUGCAGCACAGCUCUCAGUCCCAUGGCAUCCUUCCCCCGCAGCCAGAGCAGCCAGAUUAUCAGCGAGCAACAGAGCUCUCCUUCCUCGAGAAAUACACCUUGACUCCACAGCCUGCAAAUAUUGUUCAUCCUGUAAGGCCUGAGCAAAUGCUGGAUCCUAGAGACCAGUCAUAUCUUGGAACUUUACUGGGGCUAGAUACAACUCCGACUGUACAGAAUGUUUCAAACAAUGAACAUUCAUGAUCAGACCAUAACAUUCCACCGAAUUUACUAAGCCAUUGGCCACCAAAAGGCUGAUAUGGCAACUAAGAUUUAUAUUUUAUAUUUUAUUUGGACUCAUUAAGUCUUCUGCAUAAUUUUGGGAAAAAAGUUUGUUUACAUGAUAUUUAAACAUUUAGGCACAUUUUGAUGCAUAUGAAAGAGUGUUUCUUUAAGAGUUUUUAAAAAUCUUAUAGAUGGUCUUUUAAAAAUAAUGCUCUGAAAUAUCUUUUAAGGAUAGCGGCUGAAAAUGUAAUUACAUAUCUGGCUAUUAAUUUAAAAAAUUGAUUGCCUUUCUGCAUCUCACUUUGAGCUAAUGUUUUAAGUGGAAUAGAAAGCAUUCUAAAAGAAUAAGGACUAUUUAAAAUUCAUGAAAAGGGCAGGCAGGGCUAUGAAACACAAAUUUUGAAUUAUGCUUCAUGCAGAAAUUAAUAUAUAAUUUCCUCGAACCUGAGGCAUUUUCGGAGGGUUUUAUAGGUGGCUGGACUCAAGCCUAGCCAGUGAACACAGGCACUAGGUUCUUCUGAAAAGUGGUUUAUGAUACUUUAUGAAGACACUAAACAAGGUGUUCGAUGAUCCCCCUGAGUACAAUUAGGCUGCCUAAAUUUGGCCUCUUAGUUCUUCUUUCAUCUCUAAUAUUGAAUAUGGGAAGAGCUAGACAAUGGUAUUGUCUAAUUUUCUACACUUAGUAUUAUAUGUAAAUUUAAGAUGCAUUUUAUCUUGCUUUUUCAAUCUUUGUCUUCUAAAGUGUACCCCACACUCUAACUUCAAAAGAAAUGGGAGUAUUUGCAAGGUCAUUUUAAUCCAUGAACAGUCACAAAGGAUUAACAUGGCUGACCCUUGCUAGAGCAUAAAUGAUAUCAGGGUCCCACAUUAAUGUGCCCAUUUUCAGAUUAUCUGUGAUAGCAGAGAAAUUUAAAGACUGUUCCAGAACAGUUCUUAAUUUCUAUUAAAAAAAAAAUCAGUAAUUAUAAAUCUCUCGUGAGUUGCUAAUUAUUUUGUUUCUCACUUUCUUGUACUACUGUGUUUAUAAACCAAAGUUAAACUCUUGAGACUAUUUCAUGUCUAAUUUUAAUUUUUAGCUCUUUCUUUACUAGACAUAAGAGUUUUUUCAAAAAAACCUGUUUGGAAUUACAAGUCUGGUGUCACCAUGAAAUCUAGUAUAGUUUAACCUCAUCAAGCUUUCUCUUUUAAGUCUACUUUAAAAACAAUUAUUCUGUGUUUGUUUGGUGAAUAUGAUGCCAAAGAAAGUAUCUGAAGUAAUUUUAUAAUCUUCAUAAUUCCUCACAAAAAUUGCAUAAUAAUAUUCCCAUUUUACUAAAAUGAGAAUUAUGAUUGAAAUUUUCCCCCAGUUUUCCCUAUUCUUAAAUUAUUGUCUCAAAGAAUCUUUAAAAUAGGAAGCUGGAUUUAUGUGUAUUGUUUUAACUGUUAAAUUUAUUCAAUGACCUGAGCACAAGGGAGCUGUGAUGACUCUUUUAUCACAUUUCUACAAACUCUAAAAGAGACACAGAUAAUUUGAGACUGUAUUCAGAUACUUUGGUGUUAGAUUCUAUUAAUCAUCUGCUUCAGUGUUAAGCAGUUUGCAGGAGAGGGGCCAGAACUGCCUGAAUGUUUAUAUUUUGAAGCUUGUACCCUAGUGGAUUCUUAACCUAAGCACACCAAAGAUUUCUGUUAGCUGUUAAAUAGUGGCAGAGCUAUAGAACUUUAAAUGUUACCAAUAUUUAAAUAGGACUUAGCCAAAGAAGCACAAUAGAAGUCCUAAACUUUAAAAGUUCAGUUUCUAAAACUGGACAACAUAUGUUUAACUGUUCUGUUUGUAUCUCUAAAGUAAAAUUUAGAGCUGUGCUCUGGGAAUGUUCAGACUGACAUGCUGUAAAUAGAUCUGGGAAGAAGCUGAAGACUAGCGAAUACACAGCAAUAACAAGGCCAUUGAAUGCCACCUUCUGAAAGGACACUAUCAAGUACUACCCUUCCUGCUUUCUAAUUCCAUCUUUCAUCUCCUUUCAAAAUAAAACUAUUUCUGUCACCUUUA